UUGAUGAAGCUUACUUACGUCCUAUUCUUAGCCCUUUUAUUUCUAAGCAUAGUCUUUGCAGAUAUGACUAUUUCCUCAGAACCAGGGGACGGAACCUUCGGCGGCUUAGGCCCAGACAUCGUAGAAGAUGCUCCAUCAGACUCUAACGGAGAUGGGAACGGUGGCAACUAAGAGCCCAAGACCAGUCGCCAAUGACUCAGGUUAACAAUAACCUUCAUAUCAGAUUUCUACAUGCAUUCUAUUUCAACUGUU